CACACGGACGGUUUUAGUGUCUGGACCUGAUCAAGAUGGCGGAUUUUGGUGCCUAAUUUGAGACUUCGCGCAUCAGUAAACAGAUGUAAACAAAGUGUUUAAAAUAUAUUCGCUGGAGUUUAUUUAUUUUAAUAUCGAAGAAAAGCGAAUAAACGCUGUAGCUUUUGUGUUCGGGGUUUGAGGGAGUUUUUUUUAAAGUGUGUGUGAUGGAGCGGCAGUGUGCUGAGGCGCAGCUGCGUGUGCGUGUGUGUGAGUGUGUGAAGCGCAUCGCCACGUCUCGGGAUCACACAGAGUUCCACGAUGCUCUACACACACUCACACACUACCUGGAGGGCGGAGACGCCUCGGCCGGGGACAGGGCUGAAUUCCAGCGAGCUCAUUACACACACGUCCUGCAGGCGCUGCUCACCUCGCUCACCUCUGACUGCUUCCACACGCUGAGUGAUGAAAAGCGCAGGGAACUGUGGGACGCAUUCUUCCUCCGAGGGCCUCCAGACCAGGCGCUGCUGGUGUUACUGGACUCCAUCAGCUCUCAGAGUGAGAGUUCAGCUCUGGACCGGUGUGUGUGUGUGUUGGAGGCGUUCCUCACAGCUGGGCGUGUCGGUGUGCUGUUGUGGUCUCGCUGUGUGGACACUGACUCACGCUGUGACUCCGCCCACCUCCGAGAGGUCGUGUUGAACCGGCUGGCGUCUCUGCCCGCUCUGAUCGCCAACCGGCUCGGCACACACACACCGCCGUCGCUCACAGAGCAGCAGUACUACACACACCUCGCUCUCCACGUCCUGCACACACUGGAGAGGAUCUGCAGUGCUCUCAGAGCGGGACAGGACUGCUCUGUGGUGUUUGUGUCUCAGCUGUUGGGGAAAGUGUGUAUGCAGGGACAUGGAGAGUUGGUGUUUGGGACUCUGGCUCCCCGGCUCUCCUCUCUCACACACUCGGACGCUCUGUGGCGGCGUGUGAGCUGCAGACUGCUGGAGAACGUACCGGAACGCUGGGUGGAGAGCGUCAUCACGCCACUCAUACACAACCUGCACGGGUCAUCAGCGUUGUCAAGGGUGAUGGGGAAUCUUGUGUUAAAGAAUAAGAAAGUUCAGUUUGUUCUCACUCACAAACUCCUGCUGCUGCAGUAUCAUCACCCGGUGCGGGUGUUGAAGAGUGUGUUGGGGUAUCUGGCGCUGGAUAAAGAGAGAAGACCACUUCUCAAACAGGUGCUGCGCAGUGUGUGUCAGGUGUGGUGUAACAGCAGUGCAGUGAGACACACUCCAGUGGAGCAGCAGCUGUACGUGAGUAAAUCCCUGCUGCUGUGUGUGUGUCUCCUCCAUCACACUGAGAUACCAGAGCUACGGGAAGACUUGUUGCAGUGCAUGCUGGGAGGAGUGCAGUGUCGGCUGGACAGCAGUGUGGAGCGCGUGCGGAGGAUGGGCAUGGUGGUGGGCGAGUGUAUCAGCCGGAGAUUAGACACGCCCACCUCGCAGCUCAAAUUCCAGUAUGAGGAAGAUGAGGAGAGCAGAGAGUUGCUGGCUCUGAUGGAGCCUCAGACUAAAGAGGAUGAAGAUGAACAGCAACCACCUGAUGCGACACAUAGACCUGAGGCCAAAAGUCAGAGUUCAUCAGGACAGUCGGUGACAUCACAGCUCCCAAUGACCAAUCAGACGUCUGCAGCUGGACAAGGCAGUGAUUCUGAGCUUGACAGUGAUGAUGAGCUCACUCCGUAUGACAUGUCUGCUGAUCAGGUGAAGCAGAAGGCGACUCCGCCCCGCUACGUCCGAGACUGUCUGGACGCCCUGAUGUCGUCUGAUGACCCGGAGAGGGUGGAGCUGAGUCUUCAGGCAGCAGAUGGGCUUCUGAGGAGGAACAUCAGCACCACACGAGAGGUGAGCGUACAGUUCAGUAAAGUGCUGUUACACCUGGAGGACAGGUACAACAUCAUAGGCUUCUACACACUCCGGCAGAACGCCAUGGUGGCCCUUGCUGUCACACACACACAGCCGGUUGUGGAAUAUCUGACUGCUGAGUUUUACUCUCUGAACUACAGCCUGAGACAGAGGCUCGACAUCCUGGAGGUCCUUGCUGUCUCCGCCCAGGAGCUCUCUGAGCCAAUCACAGAGAAGAGGGUGGAGUCACAGGCAGUUGCCAAGGUGACACCCCUGGACAGGUGUGGUGAGCUGGAACACUGGCGUGAGGUUGUGGAAAAACGCAUUCAGAGUAAGACACGGCGCAUCAGUAAGGGUGUGUCACAGCCCCAUAAAGCCACUCCGAACCGCUACGCUCCUGUCGCUGGCUACUUCUUCUUUCCCCUGUUGAGAAACUACGACAGGGCGCAGGUGACCUUUGACCUUUUGGGCAGUGACCACCUGGUGCUGGGAAGACUGGUACACACACUCGGACUGCUAAUGCACCUGGCCAUCAAUGCUCCGGUGGCGACCCAGAUGGGCAAAGCUCUUCUGGACUUUGUGUGGGCGGUACGUUUCCAUGCUGACCAGAUGGUGAGGAGAGGUGUGUUGUUCUCAGUGUGUGCUGUGUUUUUGAGCAUGCCCAGUGAAAAUCUGCUGCUGGAACUCAGUGAUGAUCUAGUAGAGACCAGGUCAUGGCUCGCAGAUGUAGCAGAGACUGAUCCUGAUGCAGACUGCCGGAGUUUGGCUGUACAGAGUUUAGUGCUGCUGGAAAAAAACCUCAAAACUCACCUGCAAAACCCCAUGCUGGAAAGCUGAGAGUGUGUGUGUGUGUGUGUGUGUAUGUGUGUGUGUAUGUGUAUGUGUGUGUGUAUGUGUGUGUGUAUGUGUGUGUGUAUGUGUGUGUGUAUGUGUGUGUGUAUAUGUGUGUGUGAGAGAGAGAGAGUGUGUCUAGCCUUUAAUGUGUUAAACAUGAGGACUGCAGAAGAAACCAACACUCACCUAAAAAAAACUGGAGCUAUGAAUGUGUGAGAGAGAUAAACAGUGAAGUAAAUUAUUUUAUAUAAAUAUUAUUAGUG